UAAAUAAAAUAAAGUGAAGAACUGAUUUUUCUAACGUUAUCUUUGAAGAAAGAUUGGUUUUGUUUGAGCAGAAAGAAAUCAACUAAUGAUGCAACGCACAAUAGAAUCUAAAAUCUUCUUCUUCUCGUCUCUCUCUCAUUCCAAAAUUCUUCUCCUGAAUUUUCCUUUCUACUCUUCCUUCUGCAUUAGGGUUUUCCUUCAUGCUCCACUGUUUCCGUUCUCCGCAGGUGCACUGCACCCAACGAUAGGGUUUGCACUUGAUCCCCAAUUUCUAAUAAUGAUCCAAGGGUCAAGUUUGGAGUGAUAAUGUGAAGGAGUUUCUCCAAGCAUCUACAUUUGUAGUUCCUGCUUUCUAUAAAGUUGUUUUUUUUUGGUGCUUUCAGUUUCAGGUAUUGUUUACAAACCCCUCUUUGGAACAUGGGUUGUUCCCAUGGCAAGUGUUGCUGUGUCAAAUCUUCUUCAUUGGAUAGAGAUUCUAGAAAAACUGGCUUCCAUCAUAGUCAUAGGAAGAACAUACUGGCUCAGAGAGUACUGAAACAUGUUUCUGUUCCUUCACAUAACUUUGUUUUGGAAUAUACCUUUCUCACACUGCGAGGAUACUACCCUGAUUCACUGGAUAAACAAAACCAAGAUAAUUUUUGCAUCAGGACUCAAAUUCAAGGUAACCCCAAUAUUCAUUUCUUUGGUGUUUUUGAUGGGCAUGGUCAGUUUGGUAGUCAGUGUUCAAACUUUGUUAGGGAUAGGUUGGUAGAGAAAUUAUCUAAUGACCCUGCAUUGGUGGAUGAUCCUGUUCAAGCUUACGAUUCUGCCUUCUUGGCAACAAAUCAUGAAUUGCAUACUAGUGACAUUGAUGAUUCUAUGAGUGGCACAACGGGAAUUACAGUGCUUGUUAUUGGAGAUACCCUCUAUGUUGCUAAUGUUGGUGAUUCGAGAGCUGUGUUAGCUGUUAAGGAUGGGGAUCAAAUUGUUGCACAGGACUUGUCCUCUGAUCAGACACCAUUUCGGAGAGAUGAAUAUGAGAGAGUGAAACUUUGUGGAGCAAGGGUGUUGAGUGUUGAUCAAGUGGAAGGGCUCAAGGAUCCAAGUAUCCAACAUUGGGGUAACGAAGAGAGUUGGGAUGGCGAUCCUCCGAGAUUAUGGCUUCCAAAUGGGAUGUAUCCUGGAACUGCAUUUACAAGGAGUUUAGGGGAUAGGUUGGCGGAAACAAUUGGUGUGGUUGCUACUCCUGAGGUGUCAAUAGUUCGGCUUACACCUAAUCAUCUCUUCUUUGUUGUUGCUAGUGAUGGCAUAUUUGAAUUCUUGUCAAGCCAAACCGUUGUUGAUAUGACAGCGAAAUUUACAGAUCCCCGUGAUGCAUGUGCGGCCAUUACCGAAGAGUCAUAUAAACUAUGGUUGGAACUUGUGAAUCGAACAGAUGACAUAACAAUUAUCAUUGUCCAGAUUAAAGGAUUCUCUAAUUCAAGUACAUCCGGAGUUGAAUCAAGUGAGGUCAAUGUUGGUACUGCAAUGAGAACCAGGACAGGAACUUCUGAGAUAUCUGCUACUACAGAUAUUGAUGUUUAUCGUUCUGUGACGAGCAGUUUCUCUGAUUCACAAUCAUGCCAGCACGUGGCUUCAACGAGGAGCCCAGACACAGUUGUUCACUCUCAAUCAUGUCAAAGAUCAACUGAAUCAUGAUCAAAGAAAAGGAUUUUACAGAAGCUCACCACAUCUCGUUGUAAAUUCUCCUAAGUGGUACUAGUACAUUUAUAUGUUCCAACCUUUCUGAGUCUUUUGCAUUGGUCUUGUAACAUUUACCGGUCACUGUAUAUUUGGUUGUUCAAGGUUGCCGGUAUGUAUGAGGUGCACUGUCAUGGAAGCAAAACAUGGCCUUGUUGAGAAAGUAGAAAUUAAAGUUGGUAAAAUUCAAGUUACUUGUUUAGCUAUACCUUUUUCAGAAAGAAAAGAAAACUUGUUUAACCAUACAGAAUCUCAUCUUGAGAAUGUUUUAUUGUAUCAGUAAGAUAAUAAUCUGUAUCAAAUUGCUCCUUAAUCUGAUAUUAUUUUGUUCA